GGACACAGCGGGCUGCGCGUGCGAGGCAGUGAAGCCUCGCCUUCGCCUUCGGAGGAGAUGCCCCAGGGUCCUAGCCCGCGGUCUGCAGAUUCAGGGGUCAGACUUGGCGCGUUGCCAGGCCAUGGCCGCGGGGUCCUGAACCUCCGCCUCGAGGGGGCGCUAUUCGGCCUAUUCGAGGGCCAGGCGCUGCAGAGAAGCCUCAGGGUCAAGGCCCUGGCCAAGGCCAGGACUUGGAGAGCUGGAAUCUAGCCAGCGUCCUGGGGAGACUGAGGAGUGGAGCCAGAUCCCCAAGGACCAAGAUGGGCCGACCAGUGGGAUCCACCGACUCUGCUCGGAGCUGCUUCAACGAGCUCCGGGCCUGUGGCGCGAACAAACUUUCCUGCAGCGGAGGGGCGGAGGAGCCGGGCUGGAGGCUUCUCCCCCGAGCCUCUGCUCUCCUCCACCUGCCAGUGCUCAGCCUCCGCCCAGCCUUCGCCCACCCCAGAUCCCUCCCCGCCCCCGCGCGCCUCUGUUCCCUUAGACUCCUCGUCUCUCUCCUCCCACCCCCCUUUCCCUCUUGCCUUUCUCCCCCACUUUUCUCCUGUCUUUUCUUUUAUAUUCUCUCCUCCUUCGCCGCCUCGGUUGCUUCUCGCCUCCUCUGGGCUGCAAGGGAGGAGGUGAGCGCCCGGGGCCUGCGCGGCGCAGAGGGAGGCGUUUCUCCUACUUCUCCCGGGUAAUUUGGAGAGAUUGUAUGUGUGUGCGCGCGCGUCAGCUUGAGGCGAAAAGGGGUAGAAUCCAGCGCCGAGCAGAGAGGGUCAGGGUCUUUGAGGUUCCUCACCAGCUGCACAAACCUCCCCGAGCAAGUGUGAGCGUGGGUGAGAGUGCGCGCGCGCGCACGGGCUGGCUGCACUUGGCACGCUUGGUGACCCGGGGCCCCGGGGCCCGGGGUCCCGUCUGGCGGCCCGGGAUUACCGUGACGUCACAUCGAGCCUCUGGCCACCUUGGAUUGGGACAUCUCGGGAGCCUCACAGCCCCGCGCCGCGACUCACCUCGCCACCGCGCGCCUUUGGGAACCCGCACCUUCUUCCUUCUCCUGCCCAUCCAUGGGCCCUUCUGUCUUCCGGACCCUACGGGCCGGAGGGGCGCCUUGCGGAGCGCAGGGCACGGCAGCAGGGCUGCCCUCGGCUCUGCCGCCAGUCGCGCCAAGCGGGCCGAGGAACCGACGCUGGGCGUCCACAGCCGUGUAAGGAACCGAGGCGCCGCACGACUGGGGGCGCCGAACCGCGGGGCUAAGACGGGAACUCGCAAGAGAAGAGGGAGGCGGGCCGGGGACAGCCACCAUGUCCUUCCCGCACUUUGGACACCCGUACGGCGGCGCUUCCCAGUUUCUGGUGUCUGCAAGUUCCAGCGCCACUUGCUGCGAAUCCGCCCCACGCUCGGUCUCAGAUGUGGCUUCUGGGUCCACCGUGGCGCCGACUCUGUGCUGCGCACCCUGCAAUAGCCGGCUGCUGGGCAGUGCGCGGCCAGAGCUGGGUGCUGCCUUGGGCAUCUAUGGAGCCCCCUACGCGGCCGCUGCAGCUGCCCAGAGCUACCCUGGCUACCUGUCCUAUGGCCCGGAGCCGCCCGCAUUGUAUGGGGCGCUGAAUCCACAGUAUGAAUUUAAGGAAGCUGCAGGGAGUUUUACACCCAGCCUGGCACAACCAGGAGCCUAUUAUUCCUAUGAAACCACUCUGGGGCAGUACCAAUAUGACCGGUAUGGCUCCGUGGAGUUGAGCGGGGCUGGGCGCCGGAAGAACGCCACCCGAGAGACCACCAGCACGCUCAAGGCCUGGCUCAACGAGCACCGCAAGAACCCCUACCCCACCAAGGGCGAGAAGAUCAUGCUGGCCAUCAUCACCAAGAUGACCCUCACCCAGGUGUCCACCUGGUUCGCCAACGCGCGCCGGCGCCUCAAGAAGGAGAACAAGAUGACGUGGGCGCCCAAGAACAAAGGCGGGGAGGAGAGGAAGGCGGAGGGCGGGGCAGAGGAAUCACCAGGCUGCCCCAACGGGGACACCAAAGACGUUAUUGCAAGCCAGGAGGCCCGGGGGCUCCCGCUGAGUGACCUAGAAGACCUGGAGGAAGAGGAGGAAGAGGAAGAAGCCGAAGAAGAGGAGGGAGUAGCCACAGCUGCGGACAGGCUGGCGGAGUUCCAUAAGAGCGCACAGUCGCUGCCCGCUCCAUGCGCAGCAGCUCGAGAAGGCCGAAUGGAACGCAGGGAGUGCAGCCUGGCGGCGCCCCGCUUCUCCUUCAAUGAGCUCCCCGGAUCAGGAGAAGCUGAUUUCCUCGCCCCCGAGACAGGGGGCCCCACGUUGACCAUGCACUACCCUUGCAGCCAGAAACCGCGCAUCUGGUCUCUGGCGCACACUGCAGCAGCCAGCAUUGUUGAAUGUGCACCCCCAAACCGGCCCAGACCGCGAAGUCCUGAGUGCCAUUUGAUUUGCGGACAGCCUCCAGGCUACGCCGGGCGAGCUGCGAUCCCCAGAGACUCCGCGUGCGAUGAGUCUUCCCGCGUAGCCAAAGCCUUUGGAAACCCCACGUUUGCCCUGCAGGGGCUGCCGCUGAACUGUGUGCCCUGCCCGCGGCAGAGGGAGCCUGCAGUGCAGUGUCAGCACCCGUCCGGAGCAGAAGCAGGUUAGCACAAUAACUGCGAUUUGCAGAAGAAUCUUGGAAAUGGGCCCCACUCUUUGAACUCACCUCCACGCUAAGAAGCUGGAAGACCUUGCCACAGACCAGGAACUCUCACUUCGCCUAAGAGACAGAUACACAGAAACCCUCCUAGCAGCUGUCCUUGCACGCAAGAUGGGGGUGGUGGGCAGACAUGUACCCUAUCAAGUCCCAUGGAUGGGGUGGCAGGGCACCUUAGGGAAGGCCAAGUGGUAGACUGGGCAAGUCUGCCAGGAGCACUGACUCCACCAAGUCUCCCUGCUCUGGAUUCAGGGCCUGAAGCCACUUCCUCUCCUGCUCACCCCUGCCCCUCAUCCUCAUCCCCCUCACUUUGUAACUUCAUCGCUGAUCUGGCCCCUAAGGACCAGUGCGUUUUCUCCCCCUUCCCCACUCUACUCCUUGUAUCCUUAAAAAUGACCAAUCCAAACCCA